AUGGCCGCUGCCGAGAAGCCUGGGGAGAUUCACCACGUGACAGCUGACCCUGCUGGCAGUGACGUGGAGACAGGGGGGCGGCUCAAGCACAUCGACACUGUCCAUGGAGACGAAGCAUCCUUCAGUUCCCAUGAUCCACAACUGAUAUACUCCAGAGUGCUUGCUAGUUACUCCGGAGACGAGUCAUGGACGGAGAAAGAAGAAGUCCACGUAACGCGCAAAAUCGACUGGCGUCUCAUGCCAGUCCUCUGCAUCACCUACGGACUACAGUACUAUGACAAAGCCAUGCUUUCGCAAGCUGCGCUUUUCGGACUGCGCGACGAUCUUAAGCUCCGUACUGGCAACCGUUACUCCAUGAGCGCAGCCAUCUUUUAUCUGGGGUUCAUCGUGGGAUCUUAUCCGGCGAUGUACCUAGCCCAGCGUUGGCCCAUCGAGCGAGUCGCCUCCGGCAUCGUAACCACUUGGGGAAUUUGUGUUAUUCUCACUGUUGUAUGUCGCGACUACAAAGACCUAUAUGCGCAGCGCUUUUUUCUGGGCUUUUUGGAGGCCGGUAUUAGCCCCAUGUUCAUGGUCAUUGUCGGUUCAUUCUACAAAAAGAACGAGCAAGCAUUUCGGAUGGGGUACCUUUUUGCCGGAGCUCUGACAAUCGUUUGGGGAAUUGCACUUUGGUGGCUUCUCCCUCCCGACCCAGUCCGCGCUAGUGGCUUCAAUGAGAGAGAACGAUACAUCUCCGUAGCCCGUCUACGGUCGAACAACUCCGGAGUUCGCAACACGCACUUCAAGAUUGGUCAAGUCCUGGAGCUUCUCAUGGAUGAGAAAUUUUGGAUCGUCUUCGCCAUCGCAACGCUGUGCAUGAUCAGCAAUGGACCAAUAAGCACGUUUGUGCCUAUCAUCAUCAACUCGUUUGGAUUUACGACAUUGCGGUCUCUGCUUCUCACGGCCCCUGUCGGUGCGUAUGCAGGCACACUGCAGCUUCUGGUUCCAUGGCUUUGCUACAAGUACGCUGGCUGGCGCACGUGGUCUAUCUUUGCAUGCCAACUAGGAACUACUCUUGCUGCUCUUCUUCUCUGGCAACUGCCGUUGAAGCAGACUGGCGGUCUCCUAUUCGCCUGCUACAUAUUACCGUCUGUCGGCGCUGGUUAUGCUGUACUUAUGGGACUUGCACUUGCGAACACAGCCGGCUACACGAAAAGAACUGUCACUUCUUCUGGAAUCUACAUCGGCUACUGCGUGGGCAACUUCGUCGGUCCUCUGGUUUUCGAACCCAAGGAUGCUCCGCGCUAUGCGCCCGGUUUCAUUAUUGUGUUCGUGACAUCUAUUGUUGCUGGACUGCUAGCGCUUGUUUACCGCUUUCGUUGUGUCGCUGUUAAUAAUAAGCGGGACAAGACUGGCGUGCUUGAAGGAUUCGAGCAUGCUUACGAGGAUGAUUUGACUGAUCGCAAGAACCCUCAAUUCAGGUACAUACUAUGA